CCUUCACUUCUUUCUUCUUCUUCUUCUUCACAAACCAGAACCGGUUUUUGUGAUUCUGGUUUUAUAAAUUACAAAGAAAACAAAAGAAAACAAAAUGUCUUUGGGGAAGAGGUCACGUGCUCCGAUGAGAAAAACGCCGAGCAUGACGGAGAUCACCUUCGAUCUCGGUGGCUCCGCCGGCGAACAAUUCCCGCCGUCGCUCGGUUAUCCAACAAACACCCAAAAAUCAGGGUACCAACAAAUGGUUUCCCCAAGAAAUUACAGAAGGCAUUCCAUUGAUCUACAAGAAAACACUAAUUUCCUCAGAGCUUGUUCUCUUUGCACUCGCCCGCUCGUUCCUGGUCGAGAUAUUUACAUGUACAGGGGGGACAAGGGAUUUUGUAGCGACGAAUGUAGGCAAAAGCAAAUGAAGCAAGAUGAGAGAAUGGAGAAGUGCAGUUUAGCAUCAAAGAAAGCGGCGGCGGCGGCGGCGGCGGCAGCGGCGGCAGCUGUGGCGGUGGUUUCUACAUCGGCUGCCGUUCCACCUCAGAUCUCCGGCAAGGGAGAAACGGUAGCUGCUUCAUAGUGUUGUUGUAUCUCUUUAUCUAUUAUCUAAGCAAUAUUCCCCAUAAAAAUUCAUCCCUCUUCUCCGAAGAAUUUUAAUUUCUUUCUUUAUUAUUGGGAAUGGAAAUGGGAUUAAUUCCUUUGAACAAAUUAAGAAAUGAACAAAAAAGAAAAAAAAAAAGGUCGAUUUUGAUGCCUUGUUCUCUUA